AUGGAGAAUGGUUACGAUGAAAAUUUGGCCGGGAAAUUUUCAGGAUUGGGAAUUAACCAGAACGGUCAACCGUUGCGUGAUCAACCUGGUCAUUCAUCUGAUAACAACAACAACAACGAUAACUUGUUUCAGGUUAUGAAGGCUGUUGAAGCUGCCGAAGCCACCAUUAAGCAGCAGGUAGAUGAGAACAACCAGCUUAGGUCCGAGCUUCUGAGUAAAAUUCAGGAACUGGAAAAAUAUCGGUUAUAUGAAUCAUUGGAGAAAAAAUCACAUCCAGUUGAUCCAUGGAAGGAGCCGGGUCAUGGAUCUUAUGAAGCUCGUCUAUCAUUUCCAUCAUCAGGUAACCAUUUUGAGAACAGUCAAAUAAAUGGACCGCCAAAUAUGCCAAAUUAUCAGCUGUCUUCACCAUUUACGAGGUCUAUCUCUCCAAGCAGGCAUCUACCAGAAGGAGAUAACGAUUCUCGAUUCAGUUCACCCCGGCAAGGCUUGAUGCCAAUGCCUGAAACAAAUAAUUCGAAUUCUUUGCUGAAGCAGGAUCUGACCAUUAAGGUCCGGGAACAUGAAGAAGAGAUCAUUCUAUUAAGGAAACAUCUAGCAGAUUAUUCUGCUAAGGAAGCACAAAUACGCAAUGAAAAAUAUGUCUUGGAAAAGCGCAUAGCGUAUAUGCGUCUGGCCUUUGAUCAACAGCAACAAGAUCUUGUAGAUGCCGCAUCAAAGGCUUUAUCAUACCGACAAGACAUAAUUGAAGAAAAUAUACGUCUUACCUAUGCAUUGCAGGAUGCACAGCAAGAAAGGUCAACAUUUGUUUCAUCAUUGCUGCCUCUUCUUGCAGAAUACUCCUUGCAGCCACCUGUUCCUGAUGCCCAGUCGAUUGUUAGCAAUGUCAAGGUUUUGUUUAAACAUUUGCAGGAAAAACUUUUUCGCACUGAGUCAAAGCUAAAGGAGUCACAGUAUCAACUGACACCUUGGCGUUCAGAUAUGAACCAUGCAAAUGUUGCUACACAAUCACCAUUGAACUCCAUUGGUGCACCUUUGGAAACUUCAAAUAAAAAUAGCCUGGAGCUGGUACCUCAGCAUAGGUACUCUCAAGUUAUGACUCAGGCCUCCGGUGAUGCUCAGACAGGCACUGGUUGGGAUGCAAUGAAUCGCUUCCAAAGCGGCAUGGGUGGUGGGCUGGCAGCAAAUGUUGAUGCUGAUGACUUGGGGAGAUAUUCACCUAUUGGAAGCAGGAAUUCUUCAGCCCAUGAUGUACCCAACCACCAAGUAGUUACUCAGGGUGAUAGUCAGAAUGAGUACUAUGGAGAGUUGUCUAACAAACAAGUCACAUUUCGUGAACCUGUCAGCAACAAUGAAGUGGAAGAUCUGGAGGGUGAUGGGGACCAUAGUGAGAGAGAGACACCUGCUAACUGGGGAUCAGGCAACCCUUCUUAUACUACCUCUGUUGAUGAUCCUGGCUCAUCAUAUUCUCCUUAUCUACCGCCAGUUCUUGAAGAACCUUCUUCUUCAUUUUCCGAAGCGGCAGAUGACGAUCCAUUACCAGCUAUUGAGGGCCUUCAAAUUUCAGGAGAAGCCUUUCCAGGAAGGGAACUUCAGGCAUGUGGAUACUCCAUCCAUGGCACCACUAGUUGUAAUUUUGAGUGGAUUCGGCAUCUGGAAGAUGGUUCUUUUAAUUAUAUUGAAGGGGCAAAGCAACCCAACUAUCUUAUCAGUGCUGAUGAUGUUGAUACAUUACUUGCCAUUGAAGUUCAGCCUCUGGAUAACAGGAAGCGCAAGGGAGAACCGGUGCAAGUUUUUGCAAAUGAUAACAAGAAGAUCACUUGUGAUCAUGAAAUGCAGAGCCACAUAGAGAAGAGUUUUUAUAGCGGACAUGCUUCAUAUAAAGUUUCCCUUUCGACUGGAUAUCUUGAUAUAUGGGAACCAGCCACAUUGGUCGUUAAGAAGGAAGGUUACAGUAUCAAAUGCAGUGGACCAAAUGGAGUUGUAAUCACAGAAAAGUUUUCUCCAUCGACCACUGUUGUAAUUCCAUAUGGUCAUGUUUCAGAAUUUAUUAUAAUUGGCUCUACUGGUGCGGAACAUCCGCUAAGAGCAGAGAACAACUCAACAGAUGUCAGUGGUGCUAGAGACACCAUUGUGCUCACAUUGAGAUUAUUUAUCCGAAGGGCAGGGGCCAGAAAGAGGGGAAGGAGGAAGGGAUUAUUCUUUAACAAGUAA